CAAACACAGAUUAUAAAUGCAUUAUAAAAAGGUUUGUGGCAAAAUGAGAAGUAUUCAGUUCUGAGACAGCGGAAGCAACCAUGAAGCUCACUGUAGCAUUAAUCUUCGCUACGUUCGCCAUCGGAUUGGCUGCGUCAGCCAACAAAGUGUGCUACUUUACAAGUUGGACUGUCUACAGACCUGGCAAUGGGAAAUUCAACGUGUCCAAUAUCGAUCCUACUUUGUGCACCCACAUUAUUUACGGAUUCCUCGGACUGAGCUGGGAUUACAAAGUACAGAUCCUCGAUGAUUGGGAACUGGACGGAUUAGAGGAAUUACAACAUUUGUUGGCGCUGAGAGACAAAAACCCCGGCCUGAAAGUCCUAGCCAGCAUGGGUGGAUGGAACGAAGGUUCCGGCAAAUACUCAGAUAUGGCUUCGGAUCCGCAAAAAAGAAGCACUCUGGUCGCCGACGUCGUGUCGUGGAUGAAACAACACGGUUUCGACGGCUUCGAUCUGGAUUGGGAAUAUCCGGGACAACGUGACGGUUCCCGUCCCGACACCGAUCCAGCUAACUUCGUGCUUCUCCUGCAGGAACUCAGGAACGCUCUUCACGCCGAAAAUAUGAUUUUGUCGAUCGCUGUAGGUGGUGCCAAAGCAUCGAUCGAUGCGUCUUACAUUGUUCCUGAAGUUUCCGAGGCCGUUGAUCUCCUGAACGUAAUGUCUUACGAUUUUCACGGGGCAUUUGAACCGUUCGUCGGCCAUUGCGCUCCCCUCUAUGCCUCUAGUCUCGACGUUACCGAUGAACAAAAGGAGAUUAAUGUCGCUGCUGGUAUUAAUCAUUGGAUUGAAAAGGGAGUUGAUAUUAGCAAAGUAAAUUUGGGACUCGCUACUUACGGUCGCAGUUUCACACUUGCUGACCCCUCCAAUACCGCUUUGUACGCGCCGAUUACGGGUGGUGGUGCAGCCGGACCAUACACUCGCCAAGAUGGAAUCCUGGGUUACAACGAGAUUUGCGAGUUGCACAGUGACUGGGAAUACAUCUGGGACGAAGAACAAGUGGUGCCACACAGAGUUUCUGGCAACCAAUGGGUCGGUUACGAUGACGCUAGGUCUAUAGUUGAAAAAGUAAAAUUCGCAAAAUCCAAGAAUUUGGGAGGAAUAAUGUUCUGGUCCUUUGAUACUGAUGACUUCCGCGGACUUUGUGGUGGUGGUACUUAUCCACUCAUGAGGGCUGCUGCAAACGAACUUGACUCUUAAUAAAAUAUUUAUUAUAAAAUUUAAAAUAUAUAGUUUUAUUAUA